UUGCGACGCAACCCGCAUGCCGCAUCUGCUACGAAAUCUAGCUGUCAUACGGACAAAAACAUUACUGAAAAGUGUUUUACAGUGCUAUACUUUCAGGUGAUUGUUACUAAUUGAAAGUUGUGUGAUUGAUCGUAUUACAGACGAGGAUUUAUAGAUUCUAGUAAAUAGUGUGUGUCACGUGUAUUUACGAAUGAAUGUGACGGCGUAGGCGCAGCGACGGGUCGCACUCUCCGUGAGAUAUUCGUGUGCGCUCAGGUCGUAGCCGCCAUGCUGCAUACCUGAGGCGAGCGAGUGCGCAAGUCUGCGCGAACGGGACACAGCGAGUGCUCCCGGCGCACAGUAACUUUCGCUGACGAGAAACCAACCCUGCGAUGUUUUUAUCGACGUCAUGACGAGGAUGGGGCGAUGGCACGUGGCGCUGGUUGCGCUGGUAUUGCUUACCAGCGUGACCCUAUGCGCCGCAGCCGAACAGAUGCAAUCUCGAGCUGUAGAUACCGGCGUUGACCUACGUGUACCUGAGGACCAGCCGGUCGGUACCAUAGUUGGCCGUAUUCCAACAAAGCCAGGAUUCACUUAUCGCUUCAAUGAACCUCCAAAAGAGUUCGUUCUUGAUCCAGUGUCUGGUGAAAUUAAGACCAACGUAAUUUUAGAUAGAGAAAAUGUUGACAAAUAUGCUUUUGUUGUCUUAUCAAGCCAGCCUACGUACCCGAUAGAAGUAAGAUUGCGAGUGACCGAUGUAAAUGAUAACUAUCCUGAAUUCCCGGAGCCAAGUAUAGCCGUCGCUUUCUCUGAGAGUGCAGCCGCUGGAACUAAAUUAUUACUUGAUGCUGCUACUGACAAAGAUUUGGGAGAAAAUGGCAUUGCUAAUGACUACAAGAUUGUGGAUGGUGACAAUGAAGGUAAAUUUCGUUUAAAUGUUACUGUGAAUCCAAGUGGCCAAACAUCGUAUUUGCAUCUAGAAACAACGGGAAAGUUGGAUAGGGAAACGAAUGAUUUUUAUAUCCUAAAUAUAUCUGCUCGCGAUGGCGGUAAUCCACCUAAAUAUGGAUAUUUACAAGUAAAUGUGAGCAUUCUAGAUGUUAAUGAUAAUCCUCCUAUAUUUGAUCAAAGUGAUUUUUCAGUAUCUUUGAAUGAAAGUGUCCCUCCAGGAACUACUGUUUUGAAAGUUACUGCAACAGACAGUGAUUUAGGUGAUAAUAGUAAAAUAACAUAUGAAGUGACCGAUAUGGAGAAACAAUUUGCAGUAGAUCCAGAAUCUGGAGUUAUAACAACAACAAAAACAUUAAAUUGUCCUAAAUAUUGCACAAAUACUACUUGUAAUAUGACUUGCGUAUUAACAGUAAUCGCAAAAGAUCAUGGUGUACCACGCCAAGAUGCUAGAACUUAUGUAACUGUCAAUCUUAUUGAUGCUAAUGAUCAUGAUCCCGUUAUUACUUUUACGUAUGUUCCUCCUACUGCUAACUUUGCUACAGUAGAUGAAAAUGCAAAAAAUGGUUCUCUGGUAGCUGCUAUUACAGUAACAGAUUUAGAUGCUGGACUAAAUGGUAUUACUAGCAUUAGUAUUGUAUCUGGAAACGAACUAAAUCAUUUUCGCUUAGAGAAUUCUUCAAGUGUCUACAUUGUGCACGUAAAUGGAGUUUUGGACAGAGAAGAAAUAAGUAAAUACAAUUUAACAGUUGUUGCAACAGAUAGAGGAACUCCGUCACGAACAACUACUUCUUAUUUGGUGAUUCAUGUCAACGACGUGAAUGAUCACGAACCAGUAUUUGAAAAAUCUGAGUAUUCGGCUGUUUUAAGUGAACUUGCUCCAGCUGGAACCUAUAUUGCUAGUAUUACCGCUACAGAUGAAGAUACUGGUGUAAAUGCUGAAAUAUUUUAUGAUUUUUAUGAUGGAAAUCAGCAACAGUGGUUUUAUAUAGAUCAUUUUACUGGUUUAGUUACAACAAAAUCAAUAUUAGAUAGAGAAAUUCAAGGAACAGUUGAACUGAAUGUUUCAGCAAGGGAUGGUGGACCUAAUCCAAAAUGGGCAUAUACAAGAUUGAAAAUUACGAUAUUAGAUGAAAAUGACGAAGCGCCUUCUUUCCCUCAAUCCCAAAUUAAUGCUACUUUGCUCGAAAAUAUGAAGCCAGUAAAAGAAAUACUUAUUUUAACUGCUUCUGACUAUGAUCAAGGUACAAACGGUUCAGUAUCUUACUACUUAUCAUCAAGUGUCGAAAGAAAAUAUCCUAAUACGUUUAUUUUGGAUCCAAUAACAGGACAAUUGAGUACAAUUAUGGAAUUAGACAGAGAAAGAAUACCGAUGUAUGAAAUACAAGUUCUUGCAAAAGAUCAAGGAUUUCCACCCCAAUCUUCCACAGCUACAAUAUUCCUCAAAGUUUUAGAUGUUAAUGAUAAUGAUCCAAUAUUUUAUCCUCAAAGAUACAUAGAAAGUAUAAGUGAUGAGCUGCCUCCUGGUAGCACUAUUUUACAAGUAAAAGCAUUUGAUUUAGACGAAGGUGCAAAUGCAAAAAUUAUUUAUAAGCUUGAAAGUGGUGGUGAUGGUUAUUUUGAAAUUGAACCAUGGACUGGCAACAUAAUUUUACAAAAAAAGUUUAAUAAAGCAUCUCAAGCUGUGUAUACAUUAAAAGUAUCAUGUAAAGACAAAGGUAAUAGAAGAGCGUUUAAAGAUGCUGUUGUAGAAAUAGUAAAAAUGUCGCAUCGCAAAAAUCUUGAGUUUGAUGGAUACAAUGGAUAUCGCUUUAAAAUUCAGGAAGAUGAAGGAACUUUAAAACCCAACAUUGGUCGAUAUGUUGGUAAAAUUAGUGCAAAAAUAUCAAGCGAUACAAUAUCAUAUUAUAUUUUGGAAGGUGAUAUUAAACAUGUAUUUAAAAUUGAUGAGAAGAAUGGUAUCAUUACGACUGAUGCUAAUAUUGACAGAGAGGAAAAAAUUACUUAUCAUUUAAAAAUUAUGGCAAAAAGUGGCAUAUCAUAUGGAUUUACAGAAGUAAACAUAUCUAUUUUGGAUGUAAAUGAUAAUUAUCCUAUAUUUAUUGAGGCUAAAGAUGAAAUACAUAUUCCUGAAAAUAUGGCAGUUGGACAAGAAGUAUAUUUUGCUAGAGCUACUGAUCGUGAUUCUGGUUCAAAUAGAACUGUAUUUUAUACAUUGAGUUGUAAUCCUGACAAUGGAUUCAGAAUUUCAGAAACAACUGGAGUGAUUUAUUUAAAUAAACCUAUUUCAGGAGAACCUGGAAACGUCAUGACCAUUGGAAUUACAGCCACAGAUAAUGGGAAUCCAUCUCUUUCUACUAAUCAUUCUGUUGUUGCUAUUAUAGACGAUGUGAAUGAUCACACUCCUGUUUUUGAUCAUACUUCUUAUGAAACAUCUUUAUUGGAGUCGACUCUCGUUAAUACAAGAUUUUUUGCUAUUUCUGCAUCUGACGCCGAUUUAGGCUUAAAUGGAAAAAUAUCUUAUUCCAUUACAGAAGGAAAUACUGAUGGAAAGUUUGGUGUAUUUCCAGAUGGAUUUUUAUAUGUCAAAAGCCCAUUAGAUAGAGAAGAAAGAGAUUAUUAUUCACUAACAAUAGUUGCAACUGAUUAUGGAAUGCCGCCGAGAUCUUCCCAGGUACCUGUUGUCAUACAUGUUUUAGACGAAAAUGAUAAUAGUCCACAGUUUACAAAUACUACAUUCAUAUUUAAAAUAAAAGAAAAUGAACCACCAGACACCUUUGUUGGAAAAUUAACGGCUACUGAUAAAGAUAUAGGGCGUAAUGCGGAAUUAACAUUCAGUCUACCGAUUGCUCAAAGUGAUUUUAGAAUUGACUCUAGAAAUGGUUUUAUAAAAACUCUGAAAUCUUUUGAUAGAGAAAGUUUAGCUCACACCACUGGUCAAAACUAUAUCACCUUAACCGUUACUGUGAGUGACAAUGGUAAAGUGAAAUUAUCUGAUUCAGUAAGAGUCACAAUUUAUAUAAGUGAUGUGAAUGAUAAUGCACCAAUAUUUAUGCGGACUCCAUACAAAGUAGAAGUUUCAGAAGGAGCCGCUGUAGGAGCUUCUAUAAUGAGGGUAUAUUCUACUGAUGCGGAUGAGGGCCUUAAUGGUGAUAUAUAUUACAAACUUAUUGGGGGUGAUGAUAUGAAAAAGUUCUCUUUGGAUGAAGCUACUGGACAAUUGCUUAUAAAUAAACCUUUAGAUCGAGAAACAGUAAAUAAGUAUCAACUAACAAUACUUGCCCAUGACUCUGGACAAUCUAUUCGUCUUUCUAGUACAACCACAAUCUUAGUGGAAGUUCUUGACGAAAAUGAUAAUGCUCCUAUUUUUACUCAAACUCAAAUGAAAGUAUCGGUGUUAGAAACAGAACCAGUUAAUAAAAAAAUAAUACAAUUUCAUGCAACAGAUUCUGACUUGGGAAUAAAUAAAGAGCUACAGUUUUCUAUUACAUCCGGUAACAGAAGAGAAGCAUUUUUUAUUGAUAGUUAUUCUGGGGAACUAUUUUUACAUAAACAGUUAGAUUAUGAAGAUCUUACAUCAUACACAUUAAAUAUUACAGCAACAGAUAAUGGCAAUCCCAGUUUAUCAUCCAGUAUACCUUUUAUUGUAAAUGUAAUCGAUGCAAAUGAUAAUGCACCUGUUUUCACCAAUACCGCUAUAGUACGUCAAAUUCGAGAAGGAAUACCAAAGCAUACUCCUAUAGUAACAGUAACUGCAGAAGAUCCUGAUUCAGGUUUAAAUGGUAAAGUUUAUUAUUCCAUUACGCAUCAAGAUCCAAAUAAUAAUAGGCGUCAUUUUGCUAUAAACAACAUUACAGGAGUCAUACACACUUUAUUGCCUAUUGAUAGAGAGAAUAUAGACACAUUUAGAAUAACUGUGGUAGCUUAUGAUGGAGCAGAACCAAUUUCUGCUAGAUUAUCAGCUGAAAAAUUAGUUACUGUUAUUGUUGAAGACAUAAAUGAUAAUGCUCCAGUAUUUGUUUCUAUGAAUGCUGCUGUGAUUAAUUUUGAAAAAAUAGGAAGGAAUGCUGGCCGAGGAAUUUUUAUAAUGAAUGUGUUAGCACGAGAUCUAGACUCGGGAACAAAUGGGCUGGUCACUUAUAAGCUGAUUCAUGGUGGAAACGAUUUAUUUGAUUUGCAUAGAAGUAACGGUGCACUAACUUUACGGUAUCCACCAUCGAUGCCCGAGGCUAGGUGGAACCUUGUCAUAAAAGCUACAGAUGAAGCUGUCUUAAGUGAACAAAGAAGUACAGAAACUUAUCUCAGUGUUAUUAUGGGUGGAACUGAGUUAGACGGUGUUAUUUGGACGAAUGUAGGCUCCGUUUCUGUGGCCGAGAAUGAACCGGCAGGCACACCCGUAUUAAAUCUUACGAAUAACUAUAAAUCUGGUUUAGAAUAUUAUAUUGUAAAUGUGACUGGUGAUGGCAGACAAAUGGACAGACUAUUUGACAUAGAUUCUUCUUUGGGUAUAUUGUCAACUGCCGUAUCAUUGGAUCGCGAAGCUGGUGUUGAGAGAUAUGAAAUCGAAAUUUGCGCUGUAUCUUCAGGAAAUCCUCUCAAAACUACUACAACCAAGGUGGAAGUUAUAAUUCUGGACAAAAAUGACAGUCCGCCAGAAUUCAAGAAUAUACCAACAGCUUACCUUGCUUCCGAAGACCUUGCUCCAGGUCAACGCAUUGCCACUAUCAUCGCUGAAGAUCCGGACACUAUCGGUAGUAUUGUGUAUAGUAUUCAGACGGAAGAACUGGUGCCAUUCCAUUUGGAUUCAAAUACUGGAUUGCUUACACUUAAAGACCCUUUGGAUAGAGAAACUAUAUCGGAGUACCAUAUUGUGGUAAGAGCUGACGACGGAGUGCAGUUUACGGAUGUUUCAAUAAUAGUGCAGAUCACGGAUACAAACGACAACCCUCCAACCUUUAAAGAGAACGCGUACUCCUUCAACAUACCCGAGAAUGCCGCUAGAGGUUCAAUAGUAGGCACAGUGGCAGCUAUGGACUUGGAUUCUGGUUCCAAUGCACAGCUGACGUACACCGUUAUAUCGGAUUGGGCCAACGAUGUAUUUUCUUUGAAUCCACAAACUGGAGUGUUUACGUUGACUACACGAUUGGACUAUGAAGAGACGCAGCACUAUAUUUUGGUUGCUCAAGCUCAAGAUAACGGUCAUCCAUCCCUGUCAGGAACUGUCACAGUUUACGUGAAUGUAAUUGAUCUCAAUGAUAAUGCUCCAAUUUUUGAUCCAAUGAGUUUCUCAAAUGAAAUACUGGAAGAUGUACCAAUUGGGACUUCCGUUGUCACAAUAAGUGCCACUGACAUGGAUUCAGGUUUAAAUGGUAAAUUAAGCUAUACAAUUACAUCUGGAGAUGAUGGCCACGAUUUUAUGAUAACUAAUAACGGUACUAUUUAUACCGAAAACUUGUUGGAUAGAGAGACAAUCUCUGUAUAUAAUUUAAUUGUCACGGCUAAAGAUUCAGCAAAACCUCCUGAGCCACAGCUUUCUUCUACCGUUCAGGUAACCGUUCAACUAAAGGAUGUGAAUGACAUGUCUCCGGAAUUCGUAACCCCAAAUACAACAACAGUAUCGGAAAAUAUACCACUGAAUACAGUAGUGAUGACCAUAAAAGCUGUUGAUAAAGACGAAGGAAGAAAUGGAUAUGUCGAGUAUUUUAUAAAUCCGGAUUCUGAUGUAAACAGCUAUUUUUCAUUGGGAAAUGUUGAUGGAAUAUUACGAGCAACUGGUAGACUUGAUAGAGAAUUAAAGUCUAGCUACAUUGUAACAGUGACUGCUAAAGACAGAGGAGAUCCGCCUAAUGUUACUAAAACAAAAUUACAAAUUAACAUUCUUGAUGAAAAUGAUAAUAGUCCAGUUUUUGAUCCAAAACAAUACAGUGCUUCUGUUCCAGAAAAUGCUAGCAUCGGCGCCAACGUAUUACAAGUUUCAGCAACUGAUGUUGACGAAGGUGCUAAUGGUAGAGUAAGAUACUCAAUAGCAUCUGGUGAUGAAAAUAGAGAUUUCAGUAUCAGUGAAGAUACGGGUAUAGUCAGAGUAGCUAAAAACCUGAAUUUUGAAAGAAAAUCUCGUUAUAUUCUCACGAUUAGAGCUGAAGAUUGCGCCAAAGAUGAUAUUAGAUUUGAUACGGCUGAAAUAUCUAUUUCUAUACAAGAUAUUAAUGAUAAUCCGCCCACUUUCUUAGAUUCACCAUACUUAGCAUAUGUAAUGGAAAAUGUAAUCCCACCUAAUGGUGGAUACAUAAUAACAAUUCAAGCAUACGAUGCUGAUUCACCACCAUUUAACAAUCAAGUACGUUAUUUUAUUAAAGAAGGCGAUGCUGAUCUUUUUAAAAUAAAUGCUUCUUCUGGGCAAAUUUCGUUAUUGAGAACAUUAGACAGAGAAUCACAAGAUGAAUAUACAUUAGCUCUAGUUGCAAUGGAUACCGGCUCACCGCCUCUUACUGGAUCUGGCACUGUAAAAAUAGUUGUACAAGAUGUCAACGAUAACAGUCCCGAUUUUGAACGACAAAGUUACAAAACCACAGUGAAAGAAAAUUUACCUCCAGGAACAAUUAUUCUUUAUCCUAAAGCUACUGAUAAGGAUCUUGGCAAUAACGCAAAGAUUAGAUAUAGUUUAUUUGGCGAUAAAUCAGAGAGAUUUAUAAUAGAUCCAUCAAAGGGCACUAUUUCUACAAAUGCUACAUUAGACAGAGAAGAAUGGGAUAUCUAUUAUCUUAUAAUUAUGGCACAAGAUUCAUCUACGACUGAUCCACGAACUGCCACUGCUAAUCUUACAAUUAUUGUUGAAGAUGAAAACGACAAUACUCCUACAUUUGCGCAUCCUGUAUAUGAAGCACAUAUUUCAGAACGGACUAUGAAAGAUGAUUUUGUGUUUGGAGUUAAGGCUAAAGAUAAUGAUAUUGGUUUGAAUAAAAAAAUUGUUUAUAGUCUAAAAGGAGAACAUCAUAACUUGUUUAAUAUAAAUAGUGAAACGGGUGUGAUAAAAGCUAAAGAAAAUAUUGUUAAAUUUGUGAGUAACAGUAGGACUACAUUCAAUCUACUAAUAAUUGCUACCGAUAGUGGCAAUAAUCCCAGACAGAGUAGUGCAGAACUAAUACUUAUACCUAAAUCAGUAAAAAACUUUCCUAAAUUCACUGUUACAAACAAAUUAACAUUUACUUUUUCUGAAGAUACACCCGAAGGUGUUUUAGUGACUAGAUUGUCUGCAACAUCUCCUAAAAAAGGUCCAAUAGGAUUGUUACAAUAUGCGAUUGCUGGUGGUAACAUAGGCGAUGCUUUGAGAAUAGAGCCUAUUAGUGGUGAAGUAUUUAUUACUGGAAAAGGUCUUGAUUACGAAACGAUGCCUCUAUAUGAAGUGUGGUUUGAAGUGCGUGACUCUGAUAACCCACCACUGAAAUCUUUUAUUGAAAUAGAGAUAAAAGUAACUGAUGCCAAUGAUAAUCCUCCAAUAAUUGAAAACAUUUUAUAUAACGCUACAAUACCAGAAGAGGAAUCUCCUCCUCAGUUUCUCAUUAAAAUUGACGCUCAUGAUGAUGAUUCAAACGAAAACGGUAGAAUAACUUUUAGACUUGUUAAUGAUUUUGAAGAAACAUUUAAAAUUGAUUCUGAAACUGGAGAAAUAUAUACUAAUAUUGCCUUAGAUAGAGAAUCAAUACCAUACUAUGAAAUUCUGGUUGAGGCAGUAGAUCAUGGUGUACCGCAAUUAGUAGGCACUUCAACAGUUGUUGUUACAGUUUUAGAUAAAAACGAUAACCCACCGAGAUUUACUAGACUUUUUAGCGUUAAUGUGACAGAGAAUGCUGAAAUAGGAUCCUUUGUUAUUAAAGUUACAAGUUCUGAUUUAGAUUCUGGCUCAAAUGCAAAUGCUACAUACAGUUUUGUAGAAAAUCCAGGUGACAAAUUUAUUAUAGAUUCUAUAAGCGGAAAUGUUACUGUAGCCCGUCCUUUGGAUAGAGAAUUACAGGAUGAGUAUAUUUUAAAGGUCGCAGCUAUUGAUGGAGCUUGGCGUUCUGAAACACCUUUGACAAUAACAAUUCAAGACCAAAACGACAAUGCUCCAGAAUUUGAAUAUUCUUACUAUAGUUUUAAUUUUCCCGAACUUCAAAAGAAAAACAGUUUUGUAGGACAAGUAAUUGCUACAGAUAGAGAUAAACAAGGUCCUAAUUCCAUAAUUUCUUAUUCUUUGCAACAACCAUCCGAUUUGUUUACUAUUGAUCCCGCUACUGGCGAGAUUAUGAGUAAAUUUGUGAUGAACUAUAAAAGAACAUCUAUUAAUCAAUCACCUGAAAAUACAUAUUCAGUUAUCAUAGUAGCCACAGAUAAUGGAAAACCUCCGAUGUCUUCUGAAUGCUUAGUUACAAUUAAUGUAGUUGAUGCUAAUAAUAACGCACCUAAAUUCAAUGAACAUGAAACAUUUAUUCCAAUACCAAAAGAUGCCACAUUAGGUGAAAAAAUUAUCAAAUUAACUGCGAAAGAUGAUAAAGAUUUUGGUAUCAAUGCAGAAAUAGAAUAUCAUGUUGUUGAUGGAAAUGGCACAACAUAUCUUACAAUAGAUAAAUCAGAGGGUUGGAUAAUUGUAAACAAACAAUUUUAUUAUUUAGGACAAUACUAUGAGCUGAAAAUAAAAGCUGUUGAUCGAGGAGUUCCUCCACAAUCAGAUAUCACUACGUUAACAUUUGUUGUAACAGGUGAAAAUAUGUACAGUCCUAAGUUUACUGCAUUAAGUUAUCAAGUAAUUGUACCUGAAAAUGAACCUAUUGGAUCUUCCAUCCUGACAAUAAAAGCGAGCGAUGAAGACGAUGGACCUAAUGGUAUAGUUCGAUAUGCAAUAUCAUCUGGAAAUACAGAUAAAGAAUUUCAGAUACAUCCUAUUACAGGAACGAUUAGUAUCCUCCGUUCUUUAGAUUAUGACACAAUACAAGAAUAUCGAUUAAAUAUAACUGCUAAAGAUUUAGGAUUCAAAUCUAAAGAAACAACCGCUACUUUGACAAUAAUUUUAACAGAUAUAAACGACAAUGCUCCUCUUUUUAACCAAACUCAUUAUGCAUCAUAUUUACCAGAAAAUUCUCCUGUUAAUAGUUUUAUAUUUAAAGUCACGGCUGUGGAUAUUGAUUCACCAAAAAAUGCAAUUAUCAAGUAUUUUAUAAAAAAUUCUAUGACAUCACUAUUUCGAAUAGAUUCAAAUACAGGGGAAAUUUUUUCUAAAGAAAUAUUUGAUUACGAAGAAAAGACAUCGUACAGUUUACAAAUAUUGGCGGAAAACCCCGAUUCUAUUAUGCAAAGUUUUACUGAAGUAGUUGUACAAAUAACAGGUGUCAAUGAAUAUUUCCCUAAAUUUAUACAACCUGUAUUUCAUUUUGAUGUAUCAGAAUCAGCUGAAGUGGGUACAAAUGUAGGAGUUAUCAAAGCAACAGAUCAAGACAGUGGAGAUGAUGGUGUAAUUUACUAUCUCUUUGUUGGUUCCAGCAAUGAUAAAGGUUUUAGUAUUAAUUCACAAACCGGAGUAAUAAGAGUUGCCCGAUACUUAGACAGAGAAACUCAAAAUAGAGUAGUACUAACUGUAUUAGCUAAAAACUCUGGUGGAAUUCAUGGGAAUGAUACUGACGAAGCACAAGUAAUUAUAUCUAUUCAAGAUGGAAAUGAUCCACCUGAAUUCUUGGUUCAUUUUUAUGAAGCAAAUGUUUCUGAAGGGGCAGAUAUAGGUCAGACAGUAAUUCAAGUAAAAGCUGUAGAUAAAGAUGUUCGUCCACAGAAUAAUCAAUUUAGUUUUUCAAUAAUUGGAGGUAAUAGUAAUCAAGAUUUUAAAAUAGAUCCACAAACAGGAGAAAUUGAAGUUGCACGUCAUUUAGAUAGAGAAACAAUGUCAACAUAUUCAUUAAUAGUUGGUGCUAUUGAUACUGGCUUUCCUCCUCAAACUGGCACUGCUACAGUAAAAAUAACUUUAACAGAUAUUAACGAUAAUGGUCCUAUAUUUGAUAUAGCAAAUUUUGAAGGCAUGGUAUAUGAAAAUGAACCACCUAAUACAAGUAUUACAACAUUAUCAGCAAAAGAUCCAGAUUUACCUCCAAAUGGAGCUCCUUUCACUUACUCGAUUAUUGGAGGCAAGCAUCAAAGUUACGUUAAAGUCCACAAACAUACUGGAGUUCUUUUAACGACUAGAAAAAUAGAUCGAGAAUUAACACCAAAUUUGGAAAUUAUAAUCCAAAUUGAAGACAGUGGCGUUCCAGUAAUGAAAUCAAAUUUCACUAUUUUUAUAAAAAUUUUAGAUAGAAAUGAUAAUCCUCCAACAUCGAGAUCAGUACACAUUCUCGUUUAUGCUUUCAAUAAUAAAGUUCCGAAUGAAAAAAUAGCUGAUGUCAAACCAAACGAUCCAGAUAUUGUCGGUGAUUAUAAAUGCAAAAUAAUCAAAGAGUCUACUACUGAAAAUACUCUUAAUCUUUUAAAUAUUAGAAAAGGAUGUGAUCUUUAUACCACUGCUGUAAGACCUGGACAAGGAUAUUCAUUUUCUGUAUUAGGCAAUGAUGGUAAACAUAGAGAUGUUAUAUCUUCAGUUAGUGUCGAAUAUUUUUCUUUUGAUAAUUCUACAAUUGUACAAUCUGUGACAAUGAAAAUUAUAAACAUGACUUCAACAGAAUUUCUUUCACAUUAUUACCGUAGCCUACUUGAAACUUUGAAGACAGGACUUCAAAACAAAGAAAGCAUUUAUUUGUAUAGUAUAAACGAAGUAACUAGAAAUUUGGAUUUGACUCUAGUAUCUAAAGGUAAUAAUUCAAUAUUUAAAAGAGAAAAUACAGAAAAGUAUUUAAAAUCCAAACAAGGAGAAAUAUCCAAAUUAUUAAAACGUCAAAUAAUUGUCCCGUAUUUUCCAUGUGCUUCUCAUCAAUGCAUGAAUGGCGGCCUUUGUACAGAUUCUAUUAGAGUACUAGAAGAAACCAAAAUAACGGAAAGUUCUACAUUAAUACUUGCAUCGCCAUUAAUAAAUCACGAAUAUAAAUGUCUCUGUAGCGAUGGAUUUAUUGGAAGUAACUGUGAGAAGAGACAAGACCCAUGUUCUCCAAAUCCAUGUCGUUUUGGUGGACAAUGCCGAAAACAAGGACAUGACUUUAUUUGCAAUUGCCCGACACGACGAGAAGGAAAAACAUGUGAAAUAGAAAGAGAUGACGUCUGUAAUAAUAAUCCAUGUAAAAAUGGUGGAUCUUGUAAAGAAAGUGCCGAUAGAAAUUCAUUCUUUUGUCUCUGUCGUCCUGGUUAUCGUGGGAAUCAGUGUGAAGCAUUAGUGGAUUCAUGUAGGCCUAAUCCAUGUUUACAUGGAGGUAUAUGUAUAAGUUUAAAACCUGGAUAUAAAUGUAGUUGUACAAAUGGCCGCUAUGGUACACAUUGUGAAAGUGCAACAUUUGGAUUUAAUGAAUUAUCAUUUAUGCAGUUCCCAGCACUGGAUGCUUCAACUAAUGAUAUUACUAUUAUAUUUGCUACUACUAAACCUGACGCAUUAUUACUUUAUAAUUACGGCAUUCAAACAGGUGGAAGAUCAGACUUUAUUGCUAUUGAAUUACUGGGAGGAAAACCAGUGUUUUCCUUUGGUGGAUCAAGAACAUCAAUAACAACUGUAGCUAUAACCAACUCUAAUAAAAACCUAGCAGAUGGCGAAUGGUAUAAACUAACUGCCACCAGAAAUGGUCGUGUUAUUUCAUUAAGCAUUGCAUCCUGUACUGAUCAUGGCGAUGUUUGUACAGAAUGUGAACCUGGAGAUGACACUUGCUAUGAUGACGAUACUGGACAGGCAGGAACCCUGAAUUUCAACAACGAACCAUUGCUUAUCGGUGGACUUCACAAAGCAGACCCAGUGCUGGAACGUCCGGGUCAAAUACAUUCUGAUGAUUUCGUUGGCUGUAUGCAUAGUAUUUCAAUCAAUGGCCGUUUAUUGAACAUGUCAAAUCCAUUACAUGCACGGGGUGUUGAUAAUAAUUGUCAGCGGUUGGAAAGAGGAGCAUGUUACAAAAGGGAUACUUGUAAAGAUGGAGAAUGCCUCGAUAAAUGGAAAACGAAUUACUGUAAAUGUGAUGGAAUUUUCAUAUCUCCAGACUGUAGUUUUUCUCUCCAGUCUAUCUCCGUCAAUGAAAAUGGCUUUAUUUCUUUUGUAGUAUCAGAAAAACAUAGAAGAAUGCAAUUACUUGAAAAUUUUUAUGGUGGAAAUACUGGAUGGGAUAAGAAAAUUAGUAGAUCACUUAGCAAGACUGUUAUUAAAUUAAAUAGUCCAGCAAAAAGUUUAUCAUUUUCAUUUCGAACACACAAAAAAGACGGAAUUCUAUUUUAUGCUGCGACAGAUAAAUAUUACACAUUAAUUGAAUUACUGGAAGGAAAAGUAAGCUAUACAUCGAAACAAAAUACAAUAGUAAACAUGACACAAGUUGAGCAAAGUGAUGUUUCUGAUGGUAUCUGGCAUAACAUCACAUUAUUCUCACUCGGUAGAAGUAUACGUUUAAUUGUAGAUGGCAAAAACGUUGGCGAAGAAUUAGAUUCUGCUGGUGUUCAUGACUUUUUAGACCCCUACCUCACUAUUAUAUCUUUAGGAGGAAUUAGGACAGAAUGGUUGUCGCUAACUAGUUAUAACAAAUUUGAAGGUUGUUUGGCAAAUUUUUCCAUAAAUAAUGAAAUACAACCAUUUUCUGGAAAUGGAAGCAUAUUCAAAGAAACGUUGCGUAAAGGAAAAAUACUAUCAGGAUGCCAAAAUGCAUUUGGAGCAGGUUUAACUCCAAAUCCUGAUCCACUUAGCAUUGGAAUAACUCUUGUAAUAGUAUUUUUUAUCAUAUUAAUAGUCGCUAUAUUGGUUUCAUUUAUUUUCUUCCGUCUUCGAAAGCAGAAAAAAGAAAAAGGCAAUGCUCCCACGAAUAAAAGUAACAUGGUUCAUUCUAAGCAAAAUGGUGGACCUGCAAUGUUAAAUGCUCCAAAUUUGAUAGCAGGAACAAAUGACAGUAUAAUGGGCCGAAAUUUACAUAACAAUGAUACAAGUUUAAGUAACUAUAUUCCUGAAAAUGUACAUCAUAUUGUUGGUCCUGAACUUUUAUCAAAAAAAUACAAAGACAGAGAUAUUAUGAAUAUCGAUCCUCCCAGACCGCAACGUCCUGAUAUUAUAGAACGUGAAGUGGUUGGAAAAAGUCCAGCUUUAAGAGAAGAUCAUCACCCACCACCACCACCUUCUACAAAUACAUCACAUCACACUCAUGAACAUCCAAAUGGUAUGGAUUUAAAUUCAGAAGUACCCGAACAUUACGAUCUUGAAAAUGCAAGUUCUAUAGCACCCUCUGAUAUUGAUAUUGUAUAUCACUACAAAGGAUUUCGUGAAGCUGCAGGCGUACGAAAAUAUAAAGCAACUCCUCCUCCGGUUACUGGAUAUCACCACAAACAUCAAACUCCCCAACACAGACAUUCACCACAUCAUCCUAGUGGAUAUCCACCAAGAGUAAUUCCACAAUCUUCUCAACCACCUCCACAAACAAGACAACAUCAAACAACACCACUUGCCCGUUUAUCUCCCAGUAGCGAGCUUAGUCAACAGCCACGUAUACUAACUCUUCAUGAUAUAUCUGGAAAACCACUACAGAGUGCCUUAUUAGCUACAACAUCAAGUUCUGGUGGUGUCGGCAAGGACGCUUUGCAUAGCAACAGCGAGCGUAGUUUAAAUAGUCCCGUAAUGUCUCAGCUUAGUGGGCAGAGUUCUUCAGCUGGAAGAAAAACACCUAGUGCUACACCACAAGUUCCACAAGUAGUAUCUGUUGGAUCGGGAGCAGUCGGCUUGACAGCGGAGGAAAUAGAGAGAAUGAAUGCGAGACAACGAACUUCAAGUUUAGUUUCCACUUUAGAUGCUGUAUCUAGUUCAAGUGAGGCGCCGAGAGUUGGAGGAGUUGGUCAUCAUAUGUCACACAGACACCAUUCGCCACAAGAUGAUAAUAGAAGCUCGACUGGCUCCGAUGAUGAAAGUGGUAAUGAUAGCUUUACGUGUUCAGAAAUAGAAUAUGAUAAUAAUAGCAUAAAUGCCGAUAAAUCAGAUGAUGUAAGAAGGCAGAAUGUUAGUAGUGGAAGUAAUCCCAAAAAGCCUAUUUUACCACCUCCUUAUGAAAGCUUUGAUUCUUCAUUCCGAGGAUCAUUAAGUACUCUAGUCGCAUCGGAUGAUGACUUAGCUCCUCACGUUAGUUCUGCACUAUAUAGACAAGCUAAUGGAUCCCCUCCAUCAGGCACCAUUGGGUGGGAUUACUUAAAUUUAAUAAAUUGGGGUCAAAAUUUUGAAAGUAUGAUUGGUGUUUUCAAAGAUAUCGCAGAACUACCAGAUUCUGUAAACGGACGUAUGUCUUCUUCAUUAAGACUUCCUAAUGGCACGCCAAAACCGUCAGAAGAAUAUGUAUAAUUAUAGAAAUUUAUUGUAUAUAUUAGCUUUAAGAUUUGUACAUUUAUUGUUGUGAUCUUGUAUCAAGGUCUUUAGAUUCUUUCUUGCCAUAAAUUGUUACAAUUAUUGUAAUUAUUUCACGUGGAAUCUUUGUAUUAAAUAUGUUAAACUUUUUAACCUCGUUACGUGUACGUGAUGUUAAUACAAUAUGUAUAUAAAUAAAUAUUUUCUGUAAAUAUUUUAAUACAUUUCAACAUAACCAUUUUUUUAUCCAUACUCAAUAUUAACUUACCAAUGUUUGAAAACCAAUUAUUUCACUCUUUAUCACAUAACGGUUGUUGCAUUUCAGUUAGUGAUAAUUGUGAUUAUAUUGUAUUGUACAAAUUAGAGCUCUGUCUGUUGUAUUAAUAUAUAUUGUAUAAAAAUAUAGUGGUUAAUGUAUAUAAAGAAUACGCUUAUGUUAAGUAGGCAUAGUAAAUUAUUGUGAUCUUAACCCUAUAAGUAUAAUAAUUUUGCACAUUUCAAUAUUGUUUUAACAGUCGGAGCUCUUAAAAAUGUUCUACAAAUUAAACAUAUAUUCCGCCAUAUUACGUAGUGAACAAAGUGCCAAAAUGCAUAUUAUGUUCAACAGAACUGACUAAAUAUAAGUAUAUGGAAAUAAAUGUAAAUCAAUUA